AUGUCUGUCCAGACCGUCUCGCUGCAGCCCUUUGCCGACCAGAAACCCGGAACCUCCGGUUUGCGGAAAAAGGUCAAGGUCUUCCAGCAGCCCAACUACUCCGAGUCCUUCAUCACCUCCAUCCUCCUCUCCAUCCCUGAAGGUGCCGACGGUGCUUUCCUGGUCAUCGGUGGCGAUGGCCGCUACUACAACCCCGAAGUCGUCCAGAAGAUUGCCCAGAUCAGUGCUGCCUACGGUGUCAAGAAGCUUCUGGUCGGCCAGAAUGGCAUUCUCAGCACCCCCGCCGCCAGCAACCUGAUCCGUGUACGCAAGGCCACCGGUGGCAUCUUGCUGACCGCCAGCCACAACCCCGGUGGUCCCAAUGCCGACUUUGGCAUCAAGUACAACCUGGCCAACGGUGCCCCUGCCCCCGAAACCGUCACCAACAAGAUCUACGAAACCUCCAAGACCCUCUCCUCCUACAAAAUCGCCGAGAUCCCGCAGGUGGACAUCUCGUCCAUCGGCACCAAGACUUACGGCCCGUUGGAGGUCGAGGUGGUCCACUCGACCGCCGACUAUGUCACCAUGAUGAAGCAGAUCUUCGACUUCGAUCUCAUCCGUGAGUUCCUGAACACGCACCAGGACUUCAAGGUGCUGUUCGAUGGCAUGCACGGUGUUACCGGUCCCUACGGCGUUGACAUCUUCGUCAAGGAGCUGGGUUUGCCCAGCAGCAGCACUAUGAACUGCCAGCCGAGCCCCGACUUCGGCGGUGGUCACCCCGACCCCAACCUGGUGUAUGCGCACGAGCUGGUUGAGGCCGUCGACAAGAACGGUAUCCACUUCGGCGCCGCCAGUGACGGUGAUGGCGAUCGCAACAUGAUCUACGGCGCCAACACCUUCGUCUCCCCCGGAGACAGUCUGGCCAUCAUCGCCCACCACGCCAAGCUGAUCCCUUACUUCCGCGACCAGGGCGUCUACGGCCUGGCCCGUUCUAUGCCCACCUCGGGUGCCGUGGACCGCGUGGCCGAGGCCCAGGGCCUGCAGAGCUACGAGGUGCCCACGGGCUGGAAGUUCUUCUGCAACCUGUUCGACAACAAGAAGAUCUCCAUCUGCGGUGAGGAGAGCUUCGGCACGGGCAGCAACCACAUCCGUGAGAAGGACGGCCUCUGGGCCAUCGUGGCCUGGCUCAACGUCAUUGCCGGCGUGGCCAAGCAGAAGGGCUCCGAGACGCCCAGCAUCGCCUCCAUCCAGAACGAGUUCUGGCAGACCUACGGCCGCACCUUCUUCACCCGCUACGACUACGAGAAUGUCGACAGCGAGGGCGCCAACAAGGUGAUCGCCACCCUGUCGGAGAAGCUGGCCGACCGCGACGCCUUCGUGGGCUCCAGCAUCUCUGGCCGCCGCGUCACUGACAUCGGCAACUUCGCCUACACCGACCUGGACGGCAGUGUGGCCAAGAACCAGGGACUGUACGCUACCUUCGACGACGGCAGCCGCAUCGUUGUCCGCCUGUCGGGCACAGGCAGCAGCGGCGCCACCAUCCGUCUAUACAUCGAGAAGUUCGAGAAGGAUGCCAGCAAGUUCGGGCUUAGCGCGCAGGAAUACCUGCAGGACAACGUGGCUCUGGCCCUGUCGCUGCUCAAGUUCAAGGAGUACAUCGGACGGGACGAGCCGGACGUGCGGACUUAG